ACGGGUUUUGCAGUGCAAACGUCCAAGUGAAGCCUCAGUAAUAGAAAUCAGAAGGCACAGAAAGUACGUUUCCCCACGAAAGGUGUUUCUUAAAUCCUGAUGCGCUGGACUGGGGGGACUGGAUCAACUGGGUACCACUUGAGUUCGAGGGUGUCACAAUGCUGCUUCCGCUCCUUCAAAAGUUAACGCGGUUUCGAAGCAUUUUGCGGGUUAGUACCGCGCCCAAUAUCUUUGGCGUUUGUUUUUACUGUACAACAUCAAUGACGAGCAAUGCCGACGAAUCAAAGCAAACCAAGAGUACUGUCGCUACUGAAUUUCGUUUCAGUAGUGAGCUCAGCCUUGAAGCAAUUCGACAAAAGCAAGCGGAUUUUUCAAGACAGAGGAAUUGGGAUCAGUAUCACAGCCCACGUAAUGUGUUACUAGCGAUGGUGGCAGAAGUUGGAGAGAUUGCUGAAUGUUUCCAGUGGAAGGGUGAAGUAAAGAAAGGUCUUCCAGACUGGACGGAAGAGGAACGCACUCAUCUGGGAGAAGAACUGAGUGACGUGCUCGUGUAUCUCAUCCGCCUGGCUGAUCGCUGCGAGAUCGACCUUCCGUCGGCGGUGCUGCGGAAGAUAGAGCUCAACAGCAACAAGUACCCCGCAUCUAAGGUCUACGGCAAGAGUGACAAGUACACAGAGUAUGAGAGAUCAAACCAGGAGUGACAGACUGGUUAGGAUGUUUUUGGUUUCUUGUUGCAAGUUAGGAAAGCUGGAAGUUUUACGGCACGUUUGAAGUGUGCGUUGCAGUUUGACGUCGAAGACAGCGGAAGUGAUGUUUAUCCUCGGAUAAAUGUAAAAAAAUAAAAGACUCUGCAGUGA